AUGGGCCGACGCAAGAGUAACAGAAAGCCUCCUCCAAAAAGAAAGGCGGUUGUGCCCUUGCCAGUAGAGUUCAACUGCCCAUUCUGCAAUCACGAGGGAUCGUGUGAUGUGACGAUGGAUAGAGGACGUAGAUCUGGGAGGAUAGCGUGUCGAGUUUGUUUCGAGGACUUCCAGACAACCAUCCACUUCUUGACAGAGCCUAUUGACGUCUACAAUGAUUGGAUAGACGCGUGUGAGACUGCCAACUGAAUCCCCACUGCGUAUGCAUUGCGGUUCUGGUUGGUGACUGAAGAAUAAAAAUUAUCAAUAAGGGCAGUUUUGUAUCUUUUUUAUUAAUAAAAUAUUGUAUGUAUCGUAUAGUUAUGGCUUGAUACGGACAAAAUUGUAUUCACAUUUAUAUUGCAUAGAUUAAUUUGUAAAUAUAUUUUAUGUUAUACGCAUGUGCUUGUAUGAACUUUUUAUUUUGUAUCUACCUUAUUCCCUUUAAAUAUUUGAAAUAUGAAUUUACAACGAUUUCCUUAAUUGAGAAAUUGUAGAAGCUCCCUUAUAAACCAAUCUUUAAAUGUAAGCAUCCAGCAGUAAACAUUGGAGAAGAAGCAGGAAAUUCCCGUACAGGACCAAUAUUUUCGGAAUCCUACAACUGUCUUCGCCGUGACACCCUGCCGGCAGGCAAUAAGUCAAUAAUGUUUUUGCGGCUUAUAAUACAAGGGACGGCGCUAACUAGCGAGUCCGAGAAAUGUCAAACGGUUGAUCCUCAAGGGUAUCCGUGCAGGAGGUGUCCAUUGUCCAGCCCAGACAUAGCGGUACCCCGGUCGACGGUCGCAUGACUACCUGACGCCAUCCACCUUAACAUUUGCUUUACCCCUUUACCAAAGACAUUUCUGUUUAGCGACCUACCACCUCUCUUGAAUAACUUCUAUUCACCACUGUUCAGUUUAUACUAAGGUCCAGAAAAGUGGCAUUACCUGAAUAAUAUGAGCGUAUAAUUUUGUAGUUAGUGUAAAUCUAUGCAACGGCUACAUAUAUUACAUAAAUGGUGAAAUUCUAUAUGAAAACUUGAGCAAUAUAUUUCAAUAUUAAUAUUUCAAAGAGUUAAAGGACUGUAUCUAAAAAAUAAUAAUUUAUGUAAUAUCUUACAAGGGGCUGUUUAUAAUAUUACUUGAAAAAAAGCAAUGUGAAAAUCCACCGAUACAAUGUAUCUAAGUAUAUUUGUGUGGAACUAAUUGUGACCUUUUAAGUGCUGAAUAUUAGGAUAUUUUAAGUGUGUUUUUUUAAUGAGUUUAAAUUUUUAUACCGAAUACUACGAACACAAAAGGAAUAGGAGAGAUAAUACCUUAUUUAUUUACAAAAAUAUAACUCGAAAAUAUUGAAUUGGGUUUUUUAUUUGUCCGCAAUAAACUUAACCACGUGUGAAAACUUUCCUAGUAAACUGUUAUUUAAAGGCUGCAACAAAACCGGCAAUCUAUAAAUUUCUAGUGAUAAAACACUAUUUCAGUACCAAAUAGCACGGUGAGUCGAAAACCAUAAUGCGAGAUGUUUUUCGAGAGUAAUUUCAAGCAAUUAGAUAUAAUAUAUUAGUUAAAAGGUCUCUUAAAAUUGUAUUUAUUUCCGUUGAAAAAAGGACGUAAAAUGGUAAUACAAGGUGUAGUGGUCUAUUUCGAAAUUUUGCAUUUUUAAACCUUUGCAGGCCUUUCUUCUGAGCCCGAUAGCCGGCAAACCGUUCCCCAAAUCGGGAAUUGGCUGAGCGUUAGCGAAGUGUCAAUACUAGAUAGAUACAGAGUGUUUUUUAAUGACUUACUUAAAUUAUACAAAGUAAGGCCCAAUUCCUGGUGCACUAGACACUUGAAAUUUUGCACAACUCUGGAUUAGUUCGUGUAACGACUAGAAACCGCCUGGAACCUGGCGAUUUCUUCAUUUAAUAUACUCUCAAAUAUUCAACAUGGCUGACCAGUGCAGCUUAUUCUCGUAAGCUCUUUAACGGUCAAACAAGAGGUCGGACCUCAAAACCAACAGCAGAAUCGAAAGACAGAAUUAAAUUUUCUACAAGAAAGAACCAGUCACUUUUUUUCGUAUCUCUUACGGUUACGUCACAAAACGGCUUCAAAGUAAAAAUUUUCGUUAAGGCUGGAAAAUCGUGAAAGUUAACUCCCUGGCAUAAUCUAAUCUUGGACUUAACUUAUCACCAAAUUAUUAUUCAAGCAGAAAUUUGAUAACACGUCACUUAAGGGGCCUGGAGGCAUCGUAGCAUAGACGCUUAAAAGUAGCAAAUUCUUAAAAGUGCUAAACGGCGCAGUCUUUUCUCCCAAGUUGAAACAUUUAUAUAAUAUUGAUUAAAAAAAAAAUGAGAGGAAAGUUA